AGAACUGACGUUCACUAGGGAUGACAAAAAUGAAUUGCUGUCUCUGGAGGAAAAAUGACACGAGUACACAAAAGUAUAUCUUAUAUAAAUUCUUUAAAUCAUUCUAUGAUAACUAGCAUAAAAUAUAUAGAUAAUUUAGCACAUUUUCGCCCUAAUUAUUCAUUUAUAAAGUAUACCGGACGUGACUUUUAUCCUGAAGGAAUUUUAAAAAUCCGUGACCCGGAAGUACUUAUUUAUUCUAGCCUGCUUCACAGCGGUCUGAAUAACAAUAACAACCAUUCGAAGGAAACGACAGAGAAAGACAGCUGGGGCCAUGGAGUCCUCUGAAGAGGCGCUGCGCACCUUCGUCCAAGUGGUCAGUGAGAAGUACAACCCUGAGAAUUUCCCAUACUGCCGUGGGAACGGCAUGGGUGUUGUAGUGCUUUCCAGUCCACAGGGGUCGCCCAUUAAAGAUCGUCUGAAUCUGCCGAGUGUGCUGGUCCUGGACGGCUGUGGCAUCAGUAAAGCUGGGGACGAAGCUGAGGUGGCCACCUUUUGUGCCCAUGUGGUGGAGCUGGACCUGUCCCACAACCAGCUACAAGACUGGGGGGAGAUCUGCACGAUUGUGUCUAACAUCCCCAACCUGGACUUCCUUAACCUGAGUAUGAACCCUCUGAGUGGGAUUGAGCUGGAGCCGGGCCUGGCUGAGGUGUUCUUCCGGGUCCGCCGCCUGGUUCUCAUCAACACGCGUGUCACUUGGGACACGGUACACACACUCACACGCCAGACCCCUGAGUUAGAGGAGCUCUUCCUUUGUCUGAAUGAGUACGACCAAGUGGCCGAAUCCCCGGUUCCCUGCCCCUCCCUGCGCCUGCUUCAGAUCACAGACAACCAGCUACAGGAGUGGGACGAGGUGCGUAAGUUUGGGCCCAUGUACCCAGGCCUGCAAAACCUGGUGUUGUCCAACAACAAACUGGGCUCUGUGGAGGAGGACACACCUCAGGACACACUGCAGCGCCUGUUUCCUAACCUGCGCAGCAUCAACCUCAACAACUCAGGGCUGAACCGAUGGGAGGACAUAGAAAGGCUGAAUUUCUUCCCUAAGCUGGAGGAGGUGAGGCUGAUGGGGCUUCCCUUACUGCAGCCCUACACAAACAAAGAGAGACGCAGCCUCACCGUGGCACAGUUGCCAUCUGUGUCUGUGUUAAACGGUAGUGUGGUGACGGAAGGGGAGAGAGAAGACGCUGAGAGGUUCUUCAUCAGACACUACCUGGACCUUCCUGAAGAGACGCUGCCUCAUAGGUACCAUGUCCUGGUGUCCAAGUACGGACGGCUUGCCCCGCUGGCCGAAGUGGACUUGCGUCCGCGCUACAUGGCCACGCUGGAGGUGCGCUGGGGCGAGCGGACGGAGACUCUAAGCUUGCGGUUGGAGCAGACAGUCGGGGAGCUCAAGAAGGAGCUCAGGGCCCUGGUGGACCUGCCAGCCAACGGCAUGCGGCUGUACUACAUCGCCCGCGAGCUAGGCUCCGCGCUGGGACCUGAGGAGAUGAAGUACGGCAGUCGGGCACUCCACUCGUACAUGAUCCAAGACGGAGAUGAGAUCCUGGUGGUGCCCAAGACUAAGAGCCGCACAAUCUCGUCCACCUCCUUGGACUCCUAAGAAGUGUGUGUGUGUGUGUGUGUGUGUGUGUGUGUGUGUGUGUGUGUGUGUGUGUGUGUGACUCAGGACUUAUUUAUAGACUGACCAGCUUCUGGACACCAACUGUCUACGCUGUCUUUUAUUUAAUUUUGUUGAUGUUUCUUGGUAAAGCACCUUACUGUAUAUAAAUAUAUAUUAAUAUAUAUACACACACACAUAUGACUUAGUGUGCGUGUUCCAAUUUUGGCUUGGUGCGAAGCAUCGCUAUUGUCAGACGCUGGUGGCACGUCACACCACUGAGAUUUUCCAUUGUAUUUGGUUUGUCUAAAUAGAGCCCAGAAUAGUUUUUUUAUCAGAAAUAUUAGUUUUUAAGUAAUGUUAGCACAAUUAGCAUACCCUCCCUCUCUCACCCAAUUCUUAAAUCAUGUGCUUCAGAUAUCCCAAGAUAACCCCUGAGUCAGAAUCACAGGGGGUGGUGCGCUGAGAGAGACUCUUCAUUGAGCUUUGAGGAUGAUAGAGCUUGUGACACAUAGAGACCACACGGAACAUCACUGACUCAGGCGAUCUGGCGGAAAAGGGACAAGACGAGGCCAAAUAGAAGGGGUUGGGUUGGUGGGCAGUUGCUAUUAAAGGUGGAGAGAGAGGGGGAUCUGGAGAAGGAGGUGCACUCGGGUUGCUGUAGGUCUUCCUGCUGUCUGAUUCCACAUGAAGGGAGCAGCUCUCUCCCCUGCCGAGGGGGAGUGGCUGUUGGAGGGAGAGGCGGUGAACCCCAGGCCAGCCUCACUGAGUUCCCACAUACCGGCUGCUGUGUCACAGUCACUUCCUCUGUGCUUGGAUUACAAUGGGUUCACCCAACGGGCAGUGGCCUUCCUCACCUCUUGCUCUCUCUCUCUCCAUCUUCCUCUCUCCCCAUCAUCCACACCUCACAUCCGUCUCACACACCCAACACCUCUUACUGGAACCAGUGUCCAUUGUUUUAGUACACCCUGGGUCAACAAUGUGGCCCCAGAAUUUGUGCUCUCCCAUUGGUUCAUAUUGUCUAAUAGGUGUCUUCAGAUUCAGAGACCUCCAAUUGGUGGAAGGAUGUGAGAAAUGCCCUAUGGUAAUCAUAUUUUGUUGCUGCCCAGUCCAAAGUCAAUUUCACUCUGCUUUGGCGUCAGAGGUUAGCUACUCUUCUUAUACAUGGGAGAAAUCAGUAAACCAAGGUGACGAUGAAACUGGGUUUAUUUACCAAUCACUCUACCAAUUUAUAUAUCCCUUUUUAAUCUGAAUUCCUCUUUGAUCUUUUUACUUUAAGUAUUAUGCAAAGUUUGCACCGGUGCAAAAGCUAAAUGAGCGUGGCCCUCAGUCUGUCAGCACUAGGCUUUGUUUAGAAAAGUAGAUGGAUCUCGACCUUUUGGGAAUUAUUUUAGGCACAUCACAGUUGCUUCUUGAUCCGUUAAUGUUGUGUUCGCAUGGUUGGUAAUUUUAAAGUAUGCAAUAUAGUGUAUGUGGGCUGGGAUCGUGGUUGGAUUUAAAAAAAUAGUGAGCCGUCAUUUACUAUGGAGGAUUGCAUGGACUUGUAACUUAAUCUUGAGGGACCUACGAUAAGAGUGUAUGUUAUAGUACAUAGUGUAUCUCCUAUGUUUUUAUGUUAUAUUUUUUGGGAAAAUUAUCAGAUUAAUAAUUAUCAAAGUGAUUCUGAUUUUUUUCCUGAAAGCUUCAAUGCCUCCAGUUUCAAGAAAAUGCUGUCCCUUUUUAUCUUUGCUUAAAAUCAAACUUACUGUACACACAGAUCAUUUAUGGACAUAUGUUACCUGCUGACUGUUGUUAAAUCUGACUUUAUGCAUAGCACUGUAAUACAUGUCUGUCUAAGACCCUGUAAAAUAAUUGUAUUUAUCGGGUAAAUCUAUUUAAUAAUGUAAUUUUGCUUUAUUGUGGUAAUAAUGUAAGGGUUUCUUUACUUUAUGUUGGUAAUGCUUUAUUUACAGCCCAUUUCAGAUGGUAUUUACCUACGGGAUAACAAUGGGUAUUUUCUGAUCCUUACUGUACACACACACACAGUACUUCAAAGAAUUCUACAUAGUUGGUUACUUUGUAUCAGUGAAUGCCAAAGAAACCAGGAUGAAAUUGUUAAACAGUAUAAUUAGGAUAGCCUCAUAUUAUUUCCAAGUAAAUAUCAGACUAAAGACGAAUAAAGCGUAACUUCUUUUGGUUUACUUUUUAAUAUACGUGCUUUGUUCAUAAUCAAGUGGGAAGGUGGAAAAAUCCACUUGAACGUCCCUCCAACUGGUAAUUGUUCAUCAAACUCCAGGCAUUUACAUUUGUUGGAUGACAUGAAAAUAAAGAUCUAUUACCACGCAA